UGUCCUCGGAGCUCGUCCCCGCUCCUGGCAUGUCUAUGUACUGAGCUCCCAGCUCUGCAGUCCGGUCUGCGGGUGUGGCCUGUCCUUACAGCGCCUCCCCUUUCCUGGCAUGUGUCCAUAGUGUGCUCCCUGCUCUACAGUCCGGUCCUAUCUGCUGUAUGUCCGCAGUCUCUGGUCAUCUCCUGUACUGUGUCCGCAGUCUCUGGUCAUCCCCUGUACUAUGUCCGCAGUCUCUGGUCAUCCCCUGUACUGUGUCCGCAGUCUCUGGUCAUCCCCUGUACUAUGUCCGCAGUCUCUGGUCAUCCCCUGUACUGUGUCCGCAGUCUCUGGUCAUCUCCUGUACUAUGUCCGCAGUCUCUGGUCAUCCCCUGUACUGUGUCCGCAGUCUCUGGUCAUCCCCUGUACUGUGUCCGCAGUCUCUGGUCAUCCCCUGUACUGUGUCCGCAGUCUCUGGUCAUCCCCUGUACUGUGUCCGCAGUCUCUGGUCAUCUCCUGUACUGUGUCCGCAGUCUCUGGUCAUCCCCUGUACUGUGUCCGCAGUCUCUGGUCAUCUCCUGUACUGUCCGCAGUCUCUGGUCAUCCCCUGUACUGUGUCCGCAGUCUCUGGUCAUCCCCUGUACUGUGUCCGCAGUCUCUGGUCAUCCCCUGUACUGUGUCCGCAGUCUCUGGUCAUCCCCUGUACUGUGUCCGCAGUCUCUGGUCAUCCCCUGUACUGUGUCCGCAGUCUCUGGUCAUCUCCUG